AUGGGGCUCACGUUCACCAAGCUCUUCAGCCGGCUUUUCGCCAAGAGGGAGAUGAGGAUCCUGAUGGUUGGUCUUGAUGCCGCCGGUAAGACGACCAUUCUUUACAAGCUCAAGCUCGGAGAGAUCGUCACCACAAUCCCCACCAUUGGUUAGUCCUCUCUCUCUCUCCCUCCCUCCCUCCCUCCCUCCCUCCCUCUGACGUUUUCUCCAUUUUAUUUUCUGGGAUAAGAAAUGCAUUGUCCGAUGUUUGAUCUGAAAUAUCUGUUCGCGUGAAAUGUAGUCAUUUCUGCUUUCAUGUUCUACUCCUUGUUUUGAUCGCAGUGAUAUUUGAAGUUUACGAUUUUCAUCGAGGAUAGAUUUGCUAGGGGCAGCUCACCUGUGCUAGUUGUAUUUCUAAUAGUAAUCUAUUCUGCACUGUCACGUCUCCCACUCUCCUACAGGAAGACCGGCGUCUUCUUCUAUGCCAAACAAAAAGCCUAUCAUUGUAGUCAAUGCAUUAUGGCUUGAGUCUUUUCGACAGCUAUGUUUAGGAAGUUCCAGGUUUUCUUCUGAAAGUCGUUCUAUUCUUCAUUAUCUGAGUUCCCCUAUAUAUUUUAUUUGUGUUGUUGGAUGGAUCCGGGUUAAAAUUAACCUCUAUUAUAAUCUUACGGAUGUCGGAUCUGUAAAAUCUGCUGAUCAUAACAGUGUUUUCGUAUGUUUUAUUCAUUGUCACGUUAAUCUUUUGUUGUGGAAAGGGAUACGAAGGAUGGAAGCUUGCAUUAGAUUUAUACCACUCCCCGUUGGAAAACCACCGAGUUUAGGUCUUGUUGUUUGAGCUUGAUGCUGAAUUGUCAGGACAUCGAUAUCAGAAUAUAAUGAUAUAUUCGUCUCAAGCUCAGUGGACCGAGGCUGUUGCUAAGAUAUUUGCGUUUUGUUUGGAGGCCGUAAAUUUGGGACCCGAUGGGAAGGCCACCUACAUUGUGCCUGCUCCUUUAUUGCUCGUAUAAGUCUCUCCAACAGGAGACAUAUUUUCUCAUGUAACGGUUCAAGAAGCAACUUUUGAUUAUGAUUUUUUUGUUAGAUUCGAGGUUUUACAUUUAUUAUGUAGUCCUCCUGUGACAAUGGGUCAAAGUGUAUGCCGAUACCUUUUUUUUUUUUACUUCCCUUUUUCAUUUUUCUAAAAUGUAUCUUUUUAAACGAAGGAAUGUAGUCAAGUUUUCUCUUCAUUUUGUUUGUAUUUAUUAUCCACAGAGACGAAAUUAUAUCCGAUGAUUUCUUUACGAUUUCACUGAUUACAGCUCUCAAACAUUGCAACUAGCUGUUUAGACAUUCCAGCUCUCAAAUAAUGCUCUCAACCUGCUCGAUCUCUCUGUCUCUGCCAGGUUUUAACGUGGAAACUGUGGAGUACAAGAACAUUAGUUUCACCGUCUGGGAUGUCGGGGGUCAGGACAAGGUAUCGUUACGCUUGUCAUUCAAUUAAUUGAACCUGGAGCUCUUUUUUGUCCACAAUCAUUUUGUUCUACAUACGUUGGAUUUUGCUUAGAACCGGACAGACUUGCAACAACAGCGACAGUAAGAUGACACGUCUACAGAGCAUGUAUAUCAUAAUCAACCCUCAUUAACAAUCUACAAUCUGAAUGCUUCGCCUGGCAUAAGAUGGCGGACGAACUUCAAUAGCAUGUCGAUGUCUCAAAGACAAAGUGUUAUGAGAAACACGAACCUUCAUGACAUGCAUAGGCUAAUACUUGAUUGGACUUUCAAGCUAUUGAUGAAGGUCCUCGGGCUUCUGUCAACAGAUCAGGCCACUCUGGAGGCACUACUUCCAGAACACACAGGGCCUCAUCUUCGUUGUGGACAGCAAUGACAGGGACCGUGUGGUCGAGGCGAAGGACGAGCUUCACCGAAUGCUGAAUGAGGUAAUCCUUCUCUCCUCUGACGAUGAUUACAGAAGGGGAGAACCCUAUUCCAUCUGAAUCCCAUCCCCCGUGAUCGAUGCUCCGUCUCUCCAUGGAAAGCCCAAGCACGUCCAAAUUAGGGUAUAUCUUAUCAUCCGAUCACCGUCUAAUGCCGAGGCCUUGUGCAGGACGAGCUGCGAGACGCUGUGCUGCUCGUAUUCGCCAACAAGCAAGAUCUCCCAAAUGCAAUGAACGCCGCUGAGAUCACCGACAAGCUUGGUCUCCACUCCUUGCGUCAGCGCCACUGGUCAGCCCCCCUGUCCCCUAUUCCUUCUUCACGGAUCUUCUGUAGUCAACUCAAGCGGCCAUAAUCUUCAGCAGUCCACUCACACCACACCCUGAUACAAGAUACAGGGUGCAGCGUUGACAUUUGUCUCGAGCGGCCACCGACGCUAACCGUGGUCUUGUUGACUCAUGUCAUCAGGUACAUCCAGAGCACGUGCGCCACCUCAGGGGAGGGACUGUACGAGGGGCUGGACUGGCUCUCCAGCAACAUCGCCAGCAAGGUACGCAUACCACUUCGUCCUCCCCCCCCCAAACGAAAUUUCAGGGUUCUGACGUGGCACGCACGAUUUCAGGGCUAAGAAGGAGAAGAUCGGAGAGGACGACGUGGCGUGGCCAGUCUAUGGACCUCUCUCUGUUUCCAUAUUUCGUUUUGGGAUGAUGCUCUGAUAUAUCGUUUACUCGAACGCCAGGCUGUGAAUUGGGAGAGCGGUCGGGGGGUCCGUUGUAAGACUGCUGGUGAUUGAAUUACCUUCUGAGCUUCUUAUAUUCUAGCACAGAUGAUGUUUUUAUCUUCUGCCCUUCUCUCUCUCUCUCUCUCUCUCUCUCUCUCUCUAGGCCUAG